UCUGUAUAAUUAUAAUAGCAAUUAUAUUUGUGCAUUUUCAAAAUCAACGUAUUACAUUAUGAUCUUAAUUUAUGAUUUGUAUAUUAUGUUGAUAUUACACUAUAUUUAUUACUAAUAACAUGGACAUAAACUAGUGACUAACUGGUAGGUCUAUGGCUAAUAGUAAUAUUAUGAGCUCAAGCAACGUACUAUGUCGAAUAUGCUUUAAUAAAAUUUACGAAAACAAUGUCUGUGUGGACGCUGAGAGAUCCAUGGAUAUGUUCAUGUUUUGCACUGGUAUAACAGUUGGAGGUGAAGGCCCUCGUACCUUCUGCAUAAGUUGCCAUAAUGAAUUAUGCAGAUAUGUGGAGUUUAAAAAGAAAUGUAGAAAAUCUGAGCUAUUUUGGAAAACAGUUGGAAAACACACACAGGAUAAUGUGGGAUACAUUGAAAAGGCACAAUUUGAAAUUCAUAAUGAAAUAAGUUGUAGUUCUACCUUCAAUUUUAAAGAAACAUGGAUUGAUGCCUCAUUAGCAGUGGAACACAAACAAGACCAUACUGAAGAUAUCAAUAAAAGUGAUAUAAAUACUUUAACUGGUCAAAAAAUAUCAAAUCUUAAUAAAGCUUUGAAGAAAAAAUUUUUAAAUAAAAAAACUGCAAAACUGAAGGCUAAAGUCGAACCAUCCAAACGAAAUCUAAUACAAACCCUUAGUAAAAAUAGGAAGAUUGUUAAUACGGAAAAUGAAACAGCGAUAGACUAUGUUCAACAAUCAGAUGUAGAACCAGCCAAAAAUGGAGUUCGGAAUGAUGUGAAACUUGAACUAAGAAAUAAUUGUGGGUUGUGUGACUAUAGCUCAAACUAUGAAGCUUUAAAAUUACAUCUAAAGGAUCAUUGGGUUGAGAAUAUUUUGAAAUGCCAACUCUGUGAAUAUAUUGGACGGGACUUUGCAGAUAUGGUAACACAUAGGUCAAAACACUACCCGAAAAGCUCAUUAUUUUGCUUCGUGUGCGAUUGUAAGAUUGCCAAUGCGUUAUUACUACAGUUUCACUUUCGUGAGCAACAUAUGAAUACGAUUGGCGGAUGGUGUUUGCAGUGCGAUAGAAGAAUAAAAAAAUUUAGAACUAUGCGUAGACAUCAGCUAAAACAUCAGCGAGAAGCAACAGAUAGAUUAUUAGUAUGCGAUUACUGCGGGAGAGGAUAUCUUUAUAAAUACAUGCUCGAGGAACAUAUAAUCGCUCACAUGAAGAAAACAUUGUUCGUCUGUGAAGCCUGCGGAAAAGGAUUUAGGAAAACAUCCUCAUUGAAAAGUCAUCUUAAAAAUGUUCAUGGACCAAACAAAGCAAUAAAAUGCGAGCACUGCAAUAAAAUAUACAAAAAUCAGAGCACCUACGACAUUCAUAUGAAAGAAGUUUCUAGAGAAAAGCCCUUCGUCUGUGAAAUAUGUUCGAAAACUUUUAGCAUACCCUCAAGUUUGAAGGCCCAUCUAUUCUUUCAUACCGGCGAGAAACCUUUCGAAUGUGACGUGUGCGGCUGCAAAUAUAAAACCAAGAGCUCCUUGACUCAACAUAAAUUGAAGCACUCGAAUAUUUGUAAAUACGAGUGUCUGAAGUGUAGUAAGAGAUUUUUGACUGCGAUAAGUUUGAGGCGACAUGAUACAACUCACACAGGUGAUCGUAAAUUCAAAUGUCAGCUGUGUAGUAAGAGCUUUCACGAGAUUAAAAGACUGCGAAAUCAUGAGAAAAGGCACGGAAAUCUGAAGGACGAGUGAAUGUUAAUGGGAGAAUUUUUUUUAUCAGAUAGAUCAAUUUGUUCGAAAUGUAAUACGAUACAAGAUUCGAAUAUAAUUAACAAACAAUUCAGUGAAUGUUCCACAUCAUUAAAUGAAUAUAAGCAAUUGUUAAAAAUAUGAAAUGAAUAUAUUUCUUGUUUGUUAACACAAAUAUCAGCACAAGCGAUAAAUCAGAUGUCGACUGACUUGCCUGAUUUCGAGCUAUUGAAUAGCUAUACCGUUAUCAGGUAGAUUGACGAGGCGUUGGAUGAGUGCGUGUUCUCUUGAGUGCUGAAUACAUAGAUACUAUAAUUUCCAUUAAUUUUUUCCUCGUGUAUUAGGUAUAUCUUUAUUCUUUUUUUUUGUUUUUAUUCAUUAUUUGUAACACGCUUAAAGUUUCUUAUAUGUGAAAACUGUCAAUGGUAAAUAGAUGUUUAUUUUUGGAGUUUACUCCUUAAGAAUCGAUUUUCAUAUAAGACGCCCGGUAUGAGAAAAAUAUGGGGAGUAAAACCUACUCAUCAAAUGGGAUAGUAACGUUUUUGGUGCGCAUCAUUUCUCGCGCACCUUUCACUUUUCAGUUGUGUGUGUGGGUGUGUGUGUGUGUAUAUACUUGUGUGUAGCCAUCAUACACAGUACACUGCGUGAUAGCUUACGCAUGUAGUAUAAUAUAGGUACCUAUUAGGGUGUGCCAAAAUGUAACUUCCUUGAUGGACCUUUUAAAAUUGGAAUUUUGAGUUCCGCUUUUAACAGGAGUUGUGUUUGGGCAAUUCCUGACAUAUUUUGAUAAUUAAGGAUUUAUUUGAUUUUAGAAUUCUUUAACAGGAGUUUUGUUCGGCCAAAUUGUGAAUUUUCUGCAAAAAUGCCUAAAUGCCUUCGUUCUUGAGGAGUAAACUCCAGUCGUGCGUCGGAGCUGACACACACACUUUUUUUUGAACCUAUUACGUUGUGUUACACUGUUUGUUUUCGUAAUAAAAUAAAAAGAAUAUUCAGACUUUUUGUGUCUAGCUAGGUACUUAAAAUCAUUAUUGAUAAUCUAGUCAUUUUAUAUUACGUCUUUUAAGAGUGUUUUAUUAUAAUUUAUCUUAAUUAAACUUGUAAAAUAUUACUGGCGCUUAUUACUUACUUAUAAUAUGA